AUGGGCAAUGAGCUCACCUCAGCGCCGAGAAUGAAUGGAUCAGGGACCGGCUUGUGCCUUGAGUUUACGGGUGCCGUCUGUCGUGAGAUGAGUUCUUACCCGCGUCUAGCGCCUGACCGCAUCCUCGGGCACCCUUACAGCACAGCCCACGUUGUGAGCUCAGUGAUGACUGGUGCACGGCAGACUCUGAAAAGCUCCGAAUCGCAAAAAGGACCCGUGGCACCGUCUCUCGGCCCGGCCAAUGACACCGGGUCCUCCCUCGGCGCGCAACCCCCCGUCAUUCGCUGCCCUCUGCGAAAUGCCCGGUUUUUCACACGCAACCUCCUCCGACCACUCACCUCACGCCGUGGUCCCCAACUUUCUGCCGUCAUCCUCUCCGAGUCCCGUAGGGCCACCUUUGACACACCACCACACUCGCUCACUCACCCAUACUCCUCCUGCUUCUACAGCCUCACCAAAGCCAACGAGCCACCACCUGCAUCCUUGACCCAGGUGGCUUCCAGUCAGCCUCUUCUGGCAUCUUCUGGUGCCCUCCAAAACAUCACCGCACUAUUGCCCACCACCCUCCAGGUCUAUCUCGACAAAUCCAUCGCCAGCCUAGCCAAAGCUAUCGCGAACUACUCCGGAUACAUCUCCGACACCACCGGCAUCGAUCCGAACCUCAUCCUCUACUCCACCAUUGGCUGCAUCCUACUCGCAAUCCCCUUCACCAUGUCUCGAUACGGCUGGUCGACAAAUCGGGAACAAAUAUCCCCCUACGGCUCCACCCUCAGUGGUGUUCCCAACGUCACGGACGAAGACUUUAGCUACAUCACUACUGAGGACCUGCAGUCAACCUCCCUCGGUGGCUCCGUCCCGACGAGAUCCUACGCCCACAACACCCGAUCCCGCGGCAGUGUCCCCGAAGACGACAUUCUCCUUAUCAAAAACAAGGGCAUCACCUACCCCGCCCACUUCCCCGCAUAUGCCAUUGGCGACGGCAAGCUGCGCGUUCGCGAUGUUCGAGACCGUGUAAGCGUCCUGCUGGAGCUGUCCGAGAGACGUGGACGCCGUGUCAAGCUUCUUUACAAGGGUCGCCAGCUUAAGGAGCCGGCCGCGCCCGUCCGGGAUUACGGUGUCAAGAACAACAGUGAAGUCAUGGUGGUCCUGCCCGAGGGCGACGUCGACGCCGAGAGCAGCGACGACUCGGACGAGGAAAUGGUGGUCGUAGCCGGCGACGGUGGCAGCGCUGUGGGCAGCACCGGCGGCACCGAUGACGGAAAGAAGCGCCGCGGCAAGAAGAAGGGUCGCAAGUCCAAGAAGCGAAGCAGCAACACCAGCCCGCGAGACAGCGCAUCAAAUCUCGGCGUUCCGGGCCAAGACAGACAAAGCUCGCCGUCCCCCAGCAAGGCCAACGGCGCCCAUGCCAAGCUCGAUGCCAUUGCAGCGAAAUUCGAGGCGGAUCUGCGCCAGCCUUGUGAAGACUAUAUCGUCUCGCCCCCGACGGACCCCAAGAAGAGAGAGGAGGAGCACCGCAAGCUGUCCGAGACGACGAUGCAGCAUGUGCUUCUGAAGCUUGACGAGGUCGAGACGGAAGGCGACCAGGAGGCCAGAAUGAAGAGAAAGGCCCUGGUUCAGACCGUGCAGGAACUCUUGAAGCGUCUUGACGCGAAGCUCAAGGCAUAA